GAUUUGACACUUUUUGUUAUUUGAUUUGUUUUUGACGUGUAACCUGUCGCUUUCCCUUUAUUUACAAAAAUUUAAUAAUUUGUUAAAAUCUAUUUUGAAACACUGUAAUAAUGUCGAGCGGACAAUGGGAAGUCGUUGGAAAAAAUAAAAAAUCUCAAAAUGGUAAAGUAAAAACGGGAAAAGAUGAUGACAAGAAGCCCCAUAAAAACUUGCCGAAACUUGAAGAUAUUGUUCCACACUCUCAAAUAAAAUCAUUUUACGCGGGUAUGGAGAUUGAUGACACUAAAAAGCCGCCAAAAGAUAAAAAGAAGGAUGGAGAGAAAAAAGGUAAAAAGGAUAAGAAAACUGAACCUCCGAAGCCGAAGCCUCCGAAAACAAUCGAAGGUGCACUAGAAGCCAUUGAUCCAUACGAGCUUGCGAAUAUAAUAACGUCAAAUAAGAUUCGAUUUUCGAAUGCACCGUUAGUAUGGUUGAAGGAAGUUGCCAGUUUUUUGAACAUAAAGAUACAAAUAGAAGUUGAAGACCCAACUUUCUCCAAUUACGAUGCUCUGUAUCCAUUAAGCAGUGUACCCGUUGAUUUGAAGACCUGUUUGGAGAAGCUGCUACAGGAUGCUGGAGAAGCUACCAUACAGUUGUUCUUUGAUAUCACUCUAACAGCUUUGGCUAAUGACAUGAGUAGAGGUCAAUUAGUAAAUGGCCAUAGACUACUUCUUCAAAUGAUGGCACAAGAGUACCCUGAGUUCUGCACAGCGUCAACAGCUAAGAGUGCCAGUCUUAGAAAUUCCUAUCAAAACCGACCACCUAUUGGCUUGUCAUUGCUAUGGGCAUUUGGACAAGGUGGUCUUCGUGAUUUCGAUGUUGGCAUGAAAGCUUGGCAAGAAUUAUUCCUUCCUGUAAUUGAGUUGAAGAGCUACACAAAAUAUAUAAUAACAUAUUUAUCUAUGCUCCUUGAUAGACAUGCUAAAAUGGAUGCAACCAAAAUAACUCAUGAACAACUGUUUGCUAUGUUCGAUUUGAUAAACAAUAAAAAGAACAAUCUAUCUAGAGAGUUGUCAAGUGACCUUAUACAACAAUUAAGUAAAUAUAAGGAUGUAUUUUUCAAUAAAAGUGGAAAUAAAUUGCAAGUAACGUUUAACCAAAUUAUGAAAAAGUUGCCCAAUCAAUAUUUGAGUGGGAACUCCUUGGAUCCUUACAAUAGAGUGCUGGUUGCCAGUUUGGUUGACUGUCUGAGACGAGACGACUCUUGUAAUGCAACAUGGAGACAACUAUUCCACAAGUGCACUAAACAAUCUGCUACUCUACUAGAUUACAUUAAUAGCAACUGGACUGAAGUAAGUCCAAAAUUGAGACUGAAAUCUUUGAAAACCACGGUGCUACAAUAUAAAGAGAUAAGCAAAGAUGCAUUAAAAGGGAAGAAAAAAGAUGAAACUGUGGUCAAGGCUGAUAAAAUAUGCCAGGAUAUUCUAGAUAGAAUGACAAGCACUAGAAGGUUCCCUUGGCUGUGGGCCAGCUUUGUGCUGUUGGUUGGCAUCGCUGGGUUGAUUGCUUAUGAUGUCUCCAGGGCUGGAGGCAGCUUCCCCAAAAGUACAACUGGUAGAUUUAUGAAUGAUAUUGGUGUGUUGGAGCACAGCCAAAAGGCCUGGCAGAAGACUCUAUCAACAUCAGCCCGUGGAUACAUUUGGCUUGAGACAAAUACUCCAGUGUACUAUGUGAAAACAGUCGAAGCUUGUAAACCAUACUUACAAUUAUCUAAAGAUGUGUUCAUAAUAACAAUGAAGAAGGCUUGUGUAUUGUAUGAGAAUAUGAGGGAAUAUGUAACUGAAAAAACUCCUGUGGUUGUUGCGGCGAUAGACCAGUAUGCUCCCGGCUUGGUUGACAACAUCCAUGCCUGUACCUUAAAUGGUUUUGUUACUAUAAAGAAGUAUUUUAACGACUAUUAUUUCUUGACGGCUGAAUACUUCAAAACUAAAGUUUUUGUAGGUGAUUGGGCACCGGAGAUUUUGCAGAAUAAAACGCAGUUAGCGUUAAACGCGACACGGUUCCACGUAUCUUCGUAUUUCCACUGGUUCAGAGAGCAAGUGCAUGUCUACUCGGAGAUACCCUGAAGGAACGGUGACUUUGUGAUAACCAAUCUUAUAUCACAAGUGCAGAUAUGUGUUCCGUAGUAAAAUCUCAACUGUAAGCGAGUGAAGUUAUAUUUUUUGUUUCUUUACAAUAGAAAUUAUAUCUAUAGUAAGUAUCUUGAAUAUAAUUGUGUAAUACAUUUUUAGAAUCUUUUUUUGUUUAAAUUUUGUUAAUGAAUUGUUGUCAAAUUAAUUGUACAAUUUUGUUUUGUUGAAAAUAACUUCACUGCUUUCAGAAUUGUCUUCAUUUAGUUGUAAGGUCCAUGUUUUUCGUUUAUUAUUUACUAGUUUUUUUUGUCAGAAAUGCAAUCAUGGUGUAGAUCUAUUUAAACAUUUGGAACUGAAAGUAAUUUUGUUUUAAUUUCUAGAUUUUUCUGAUGGGUUAAAAUAUACAAUAUU